AUCUUGAGCCAAGUCCCAUCAGUAAUGCUAUCAUACGUUGUUUCCGGUAAGCCGGAAACAGAAAAAAGAUUAAGAUAGAGCGACAAUGGAGGCGGUUGUGUUUAUUCUGUCACUUGUAGACUGCUGUGCGCUGAUUUUUCUUUCGGUAUACUUUAUUAUCACUCUAUCUGAUCUAGAAUGUGACUAUAUUAAUGCUCGAGCAUGCUGCUCCAAGCUUAACAAAUGGGUAAUUCCAGAGAUGGUUGGCCAGUGUCUCUCAAUGAUGCUUAUGUUGGUCUCCAUGCACUGGUUCAUUUUCCUACUAAACAUGCCUGUAGCAGCCUGGAACAUUUACAGGUAUAUGAGGAUUCCUAUGGGAAACAUGGGUGUGUUUGACCCAACUGAGAUCCACAACCGAGGUCUACUAAAGUCCUACAUGAAAGAGGCCAUGAUUAAAUUAGGAUACCACCUGCUCUGCUUCUUCAUUUAUUUGUACAGCAUGAUCCUGGCUCUGAUCAAUGAGUGAGGCCCUCAGCAGAUUGACUACCUUCACAUCUGUACUGUUUGGAUGAAAUAUAUGAGAACACAGUUAAAGAGUUUGCAAUUUGAUACAGUUAUGUGGUUAAUAUUUAACCAUUCAAUGCUUAACAUGUUCAAAAUACCCCCAAAAAAGUCUGUUUUAUGGUGAAGAAACCUAUGUUAUUUUUUAAAAUCUUUGUUUGGCAACAAGGAACUUCACACUUGCUAGCUGCUGUCUAAAAAUAAAGACAUUUUCACUGUA